GCCCUGAGUGCUGUGGUGUUAUUAUUUACAGCAUCUCUUUUGAGGCACUGAAAGAGAGCAGUGACAGGCUCUAUACAAAUCUGCAGAGAAUUAACUGGAUAGGGAGUUUAGUAAAGGCAGUAGCCAUGUUGUGCCAGUAUUUCAAGAAUAAGGACUUUGUACUCCGCCUGGAAUUCAUGUAAAAACUGCAUGGCGGUUCCAGUUUGCUGGCUGUUGCUGGCAGGGAUCCCAGGCGGUUUCUGUGCUGGAGACUGGGGGAAGGGAGAAUAAGAGGAAAAGGAGCAAGUCCCAGCCUGUUUCCUCCCACACGCGUCUUAGAGGAUCAGGACUCCUCAGCACUCCAAGGAGCAAGAGGGAUUUCAGAGCCAGAAGAAUAAUUGAGAUAAGGGUUUGUUUUCCACAUUGUUAAAAGGGGAUUUGUGUAACCAACUAUGUACCUGUUUCAUACAAGGGGAAGCCAUGAAGUUUACCAGAGAAAGCAAUGGAGCUGCCUGAACAUUUGGUUAACAUUAUGCUUGUUUCCAAGAACCUGCGUAUCAAAUCCUUCAAAACCCAAUUUUUUACUGAUACUGGCUGAUGAUCUUGGCAUUGGAGAUGUGGGUUGCUAUGGCAAUGAUACAAUAAGGACCCCUAACAUUGAUGGCCUGGCAGAGGAAGGAGUGAGACUUACUCAGCACAUUGCUGCAGCUGCUGUCUGUACUCCGAGCAGAGCAGCCUUCCUGACUGGCAGAUACCCCAUCAGAUCAGGCAUGGCAUCAAGCACUCAACGGCAGGUUCUCUUUUGGAACGGGUGUUCUGGCGGGCUCCCACCAAAUGAAACUACUUUCGCCAGAAUACUGCACCAGCGAGGUUAUUCUACAGCACUUGUAGGGAAGUGGCAUAUGGGUGUGAACUGCAAAUCCCGCCGUGAUCACUGCCACCAUCCUUUAAAUCAUGGCUUUGAUUAUUUUUAUGGCAUGCCUUUUACCCUUUUGAAUGAGUGUCAAGGCACAGAUGACCCCGAACUGGCCAAGUCUUUGCAAGAUACGUAUUGGUUUUACACACAGAUGAUCAUCCUUGCAGUGUUUACUCUUUUGAUUGGAAAACUUGCCAAUUUAUUCUCAGUAAAAUGGAAAAUAAUCAUAUGUCUGGCCAUCUGUGGACUCCUGUAUUUCAUCUCCUGGUUCUCCAGCUACGGUUUAACCAAGUACUGGAACUGUAUCCUGAUGAGAAACCAUGAUAUCACUGAACAACCGAUGAAUCUAGAAAAAACUACUUCUAAUAUGCUGAAGGAGGCAGUUUCAUUCAUUGAAAGAAACAAGCAUAGACCAUUUCUUCUAUUUGUUUCCCUUCUACAUGUUCACACCCCCCUCAUUACCACAGAGAAGUUUCAGGGAAGAAGCAGGCAUGGCCUAUAUGGAGAUAACGUAGAGGAGAUGGACUGGAUGGUGGGCAGGCUUCUGGAUGCCAUUGACAAAGAAGGCUUGAAGAAUGCCACGUUCAUUUAUUUUGCAUCUGAUCACGGAGGAUCCUUAGAGGCUCACAGAGGAAAUGCUCAGUUUGGUGGAUGGAAUGGGAUCUAUAAAGGUGGAAAAGGAAUGGGAGGCUGGGAAGGAGGGAUCCGUGUCCCAGGAAUAGUUAGAUGGCCGGGAGUGUUGCCUGCAGGGACAGUAAUCCAUGAACUGACAAGCCUUAUGGACAUUUUCCCAACCGUGGUUCACCUGGCUGGAGGGGCAGUGCCUCAGGACAGGGUCAUCGACGGGCGCCCCUUGCUGCCUUUGCUGCAGGGGACAGUUCAGCGCUCCGGGCACGAGUUCAUGUUUCACUACUGUGGUGCAUUUCUGCAUGCAGUGCGGUGGCACCAAAAGGACAGUGGCACCACAUGGAAAGCUCAUUAUGCCACUCCAGUGUUCCAACCAGAAGCUUCUGGGGGCUGUUUUGGAAGAGGAAUUUGCCCAUGUUUCGGAGAUGGGGUAACCCAUCAUGACCCUCCGCUGCUGUUUGAUCUCUCAAAAGAUCCUUCUGAGGCAAAUCCCCUAUCAGCUGACACUGAGCCCUUGUUCAACACUGUAACGAGGAGAAUGGGAGAAGCUGUAGAAGAGCAUCGCAAGACGCUGACUCCAGUCCCACAACAGCUGUCUCCUUACAAUAGUAUAUGGAAGCCGUGGCUGCAGCCAUGCUGUGGCACAUUCCCGUUCUGCUGGUGCGAUGAAGAAAAGAAAGUAGAUGGCAUACUUUAAUACCAAAAUCGAAGUACAGUUAGCUUUAAAAAAAGCUGAUCAUUUUCACAUUCACAUGACUACAGUCAUACAGAUAUGGGUCAAAUUACACUGGAAUAACUGAAAGGGACAUGACUGAUGCUUUUUAUUCAAUGUUUUCUCUUACUCACAGAAACUCAAUAAGUCUGUAGCUUAAGAAAAAUUAAAAAUGCUCCAAAUGUAUUCCACUUAUGGGUCAACUGUAUAAUCUGUCCCUCAAGUGCAUAAUUCUGGAUCAAAUACCCAAACAAAUGAAACAAGUGAUUUUCAAUUCAGGUAAAUUAUGAACGAUAAGAGAGCAAGCUUUAAUUGCAGCUGUUUGUACAGGUAAUAUUCUUGUUAAGGCAACGGGACAGAGCCCAGGAAGGGAUCUAUAUUCAGGCCUUAUCUUUUAAUGAGAAAACUAUCCUGUGUUUAAAAGCACAAUUGCACAUUUAAUUAGGAGACAUACCAAAACAAAUUGGCCUCUAAGAAAUAAACACCUACUAAUUUACAGUAAUUUUUUGCCUCAUCAGUACAUUCAUUUAUCUAUCAUGUAAGAAUUCCCAGAAAAAAACUGAACUGACAAGUAUGUUUUAGAAAUUAGGUAGCUAAAGUUAUCCUCUCAGGUUCAGCAGCGAAGUAUCUAGCUAGUCUGAAAUGCUGAACCACAGCAAUUCCUACUAAAAUAUAUUUUCCACGUUGUUAAGUCAUGUCACUUGCGAGAGCACUGAAAAUCAUCACCCAGCUGCCUGGACAAGAUAGGUCACAAAUUUCACGAUAUGUGAGACCGAGUCAUAAGCUGCACGUCCUACUUGAGUGAUAAUGCUCCUGAUUUCAUAGGAGUGCUAUUAUGCCCCAUGAAAAACAUGCUUUGUUUUGCGAGACAGCAUUUUGUUUUCAGUAGGAGGUGUUAAAAAAUUCACUGUGCACGCUAAUCACUUCAGUGUACAGGUCAUCUUCUCCGAGCCAAACAAGUGUCAGCAGUCUGUAACAGUCAUUAGGGAAGGGGGGGGGAAUUAAAAUAUCUAAUCCUCUCUUGCUGCCCUCAGGUUAAAUAAAUUCAUCUCUCAAUAUAUAAUCCUAACCAUGCUUUUGCAGGGUUUUUGUGUCAAAUCCUAUUUUAAAGUGGAGGUUCCUGCAUUUUCUACAGCAAAAAAAGAAAAAGUAGAUUGCAUGCCAGAGACUCAGGUUCAAACUUCUAAGCCUUCCUGAACACUGUAUACUCUCUCCCACCACACAGCUAAAUGCCACUAAGAUUUUAGAAGUAAUGAGGGACGGUAAAAGCAGCACAGCAGGUGCUUCAGGUGACUUGUUCCCUUAAAGUGAGACACCUUGCAGAACCACACCAGUGCAGCUCCGUUCAGCGCCAAGGUUGUCCGUGUGUCAUUUUUUGCCUUUUAGAAAUGUGAGGCGAUAAGGCAGCCCCCGGCAGCUGAUAAUCCCAGAGCAGUGCACUGCGCUCGCAGCUCUUGAGCUGCAAUGGCAGGUCCCAGCCCUUUCACCAGCCUCUGGGCAAAAGAGCGCGUGUGCCUGGACUAUGCACCUUUUGCAGUGUUUUCAGGAAAAGCUCCUGACUUCUCCCCCCAUGCGGCAGGUCACCGGUGUGGUAAGUCACUGUUCUUUUGCUCUAGACAGCACAGGUUGUGACCAUGACGCAGCAUCAAAUGCAAGUCUCCAAAACGCUGACUGGGCAUUUCUUCAGCUUAUUUCCUGGUGACCUUUCAGAGGAAAGGUGAAACAAGCAAGUUAUGUGGAAAUUAUUCCACAUAAAUCAAGGGGCUAAUCUGACAAUGAACUGAUAGGACACAUCAAUGUCAGACUUGACAGAAGUAUCUAAAAAUAUAUUUGUUCUUACUGCUUGAUAGCAUUUAAAUCCACAUCAGCAUUGCUAAGAACUUGUUGGAAGAUUUGACGUUUUUCUGUGGCUGACAGGGAUUGAAACCAGAGCAGCUGCAUUUCGCUGGAUUCAUGCAGAUAGAAAAGAGCAUAAAAGACCGCGCAUUUUAAAGACAUUUUGUCCAAUUCAGAGAUGGAGGAGAAAUCUUACUGCUCAGUGGGGAACAAAGCCAAAAGCUGUUCCCUAGAGUGAAGCUGGUCAGUUCAGCAACAUCUACAUUGUCAGUUAAGCAUGAGGAUAAGCUUUUUCUCAGUUCACCUCACUGCCCUCCCCACCCCAUUUAUACACAAGAACAUGCCCAGUCAGACGCAGCCACAGUCAGAGAAUUUACCAGGGGAUGGGAAGGUGUUCAAGCACCCACGCAGCAUGUAAGCAUAGGUGCAGGCUCCUCUUGACAGACCGGGAAGCCCAGUACAUCAGCAAAACCCCUGAACUCCAUCUCCAAGCACAGCGUGAACGCUUCUAGCUCAAGUUUAAAAGCCAGGCUAAGAGUUAGCAACGUGAGCAGAAGGCAUUUGGAUUGGCUUAUGCCACAUCCACCAUGCAAGCCUGCCCAUCGCCUCACAGGAAAAACGUCACCCCACUUAACAGUAAACAUUAGACUUUAGUGCAACACCUCACUCCUCUGAAAGGUAACUUUGCUAAACUGCCAAAGAGAGUCAGACGCUAAGGACUCUCAUGAGUAUAUGCACUGCCUUCCUGACAUCCAAAUGCAGAUGAUUUCAUCUUGGCUGGCAUCUGUGGAAAGCCAGAGGGGCUUUGGUGUAGGAGGGGGGAGAAACAGGCCUGGCAACAUCCAACAACUCUCUUUUGUCAAGUAACUGUUAGGGACCUCAGCCAGGCACUGGGAAACUGUGGCUGGCACAGAGUACUGUGUCCAGCUUUGGAGUCCUCAGCACAAGAAGGACAUGGACCUGUUGGAGCGGGUCCAGAGGAGGGCCACGAAGAUGAUCAAAGGGCUGGAGCACCUCUCCUAUGAGGACAGGCUGAGAGAGUUGGGAUUGUUCAGCCUGGAGAAGAGAAGGCUCCAGAAAGACCUUGCUGCAGCCUUCCAGUACCUAAAGGGGGCCUACAGGAAAGAUGGGGAGGGACUCUUGAUUAGGGAGUGUAGUGAUAAAUUGAAGGGUAAUGGUUUUAAACUGAAAGAUGGGAGAUUUAGAUUAGAUAUUAGGAUGAAAUUCUUUACUGUGAGGGUGGUCGGACACUGGAACAGGUUGCCCAGAGAAGUUGUGGAUGCCCCAUCCCUGGAAGUGUUCAAGGCCAGGCUGGAUGGGGCUUUGAGCAACCCGGUCUAGUGGGAGGUGUCCCUGCCCAUGGCAGGGGGGUUGGAAGUAGAUGAUCUUUCAGGUCCCUUCCAACUCAAACCAUUCUAUGAUUCUAUGAAAUAAAUGGGCUCUCCCCACAGAGAGAGAGGAAGAGGGCAGACAGUGUGCACAGAGGUAUCUGCAGGGGAGAAGGAGAACAAAGUAAUGGGAAAUGACUGAAUUCGAUGCACCAUGUCAUCUCAAAAAACAUGGUGGACAGGAAGGAAGACUAUUUUCAGUUCUAAAUUUCUUCCACUGUCUAAAGCCAAAUGUAUCUCAAAAGUUGCAAAUUUUGAGGAACGAGUGGUAAGCAGGGAAAGGAGGUAAAACAUUUUACCUGCUUCCUGCAGAGCCUAGCCAUGGAGUGGUCGCUGAUUUCUUCGUUUGUGUACACUCUAACCAGAACAUGCACACUCUGCACAAGCUGUUAUUCUGCUCUCCUGGGAAAUGUAUAUUCCCCAUAAAGUAGGUGAACCCAACGUCAUGCUUAAGAGCUUUCCUGGUGCACACUUCCACAUAAAAUGCAUUAAAACGUAAAAAGCUGUUACAAAAAGCUGUUUGUAUUUGAAUAAUACUGAAAGAAACAAAUUCUUAAGUCAGUUAUGUAGGUUUGCUUGAAAAAUCAUCUAUAACGAUCUUUUGCAAAAUAUAUGAAUAUAAGAAUAAAAGCCAAAUAAUAUGCUUUCUCCCUUUUUUUCUCAUGGUCUCUCCCUUUGUAGGAGAGAGCAAGCAACACAUAAAAUGGACUAAUAGGAAAACCUGAGACGAAUGGCAAAUCUCCAAGCCAGUGUUAACCAUGGGAGAAUUUGCCUAGGAAUGGUUAAAAUAUAGACACCAUAGAGAGGGAUUCAUUAAUCUGUAACAAAUGAAGUUUGUUUUUACUGAAAGGGCUGUGGCUGAACUGUAUAAAUGUUUGACAUUCAUGUUGUAUGAAGCUGACUUCCAUCUAAAUAGUUUGAUCAUUAUUAAAUGUCAUUUGGAAUUGCUGCGUUAGACUGACUCAACAAAGUAAGCAUCGAGUCUCACGGUAGCGAGACAAUAAGCUUCUAAGAGACUUCACUGUGUUUAAAUAUCAGACACGGCUCUUAGCUCCCUGCUGGGACCCAAGCGAAAGCCAGCACGUGGAUCACAAAAUCCCAUCGUUUGAGGAUGCAAAAUAAUUGUAUAACAGAUAAACUGAGAAAAGCAAUUUGAGCUCAAAGUUCAUCCAGCUUGAAACUCCUGGGGACUCUAUUUGAGAAGCAUUUGCAUAAAUGACCAAAAAAGAAGGAGUAAAUAUGAAAAAAAAACCCAAAACUUUUGCUUACCACCAGACUGUAGGUUAAAAUACACACGCACACACACACAUAUACAUGGUGUGCAUAAAAUAUUGGAGGAUUUCUGUAGAAUGUUUUGAUUGUAAUGUUACAUCUAAACAACACUAAAAAUCAAAUUUACUAAAACCUUAGUUUCUCUUUGAAUUACCAUACAACUGCACUACUACAAUUUUUUGAAAACAAGAAAAAAAAUAUAAAAAAAUCCAAACACAACAACUCCCCAUUUCUGAGACAAAUGGGGAUAUUACAAGUUCCAAACAACCCUCAUUUCUGUUCUGCCAUUUCUCUCAAAGCUGUAAGUAAAAGGCUUGGAAACACAAAGAAUUUAGGAAGUUUAAAACCCUAAGUCUUUAAACUAAACAAAACAUAAAACAGGUACCCACCCAUCACAUGCAAUCCGUUUUGUUCCAAGUAUUUUAUACUAUAAGAAGGCUUUGAAAAUCAUAGUUCUCUAAAAUGAAACAAAUCACCUGUUUCUGAUAUUACACAUUUAAAGCAAAAUCACCUAU